GAAGAUCAGCUGAUGGGACAGUGAACAGCAGAAAGCAGCGGGGAUGGAGAGGGUUAACUCGGAGAGCGGCUCCGACUGGGAAGAGGGGGAGGGGCCUGAUACAGAAGUCACGUGUCCCCCACAGGAUCCGCCUCACUGGAGGAAUGUCAGUGCUUUCUGGUUGCUGGGUCUGUGCAAUAACUUUGCGUAUGUUGUGAUGCUCAGCGCUGCCCACGACAUUCUCAGGACAGAGACCAACGAGACCGUCACGGUGAAUGUCACAAACUCAUCCAGUAGCCGAUAUGACUGUAACCAGAUCUCCACUGCUGCAGUUCUAUUGGCAGAUAUCUUACCCACAUUAUUCAUCAAGUUCACUGCACCUUUCUACAUCCACCUCAUUCCCUACAAUUACAGGGUGUCUCUUUGCAUUGUGACAGCCGCUGGCAGCUUUCUCAUUGUGUCGUAUUCCACUCAGAUCACAGUGAGUCUCUUGGGAGUCGUGUUUGCCAGUGUAUCGUCGGGAUUGGGAGAAGUGACCUUCCUCAGUCUCACCUCCUAUUUCCACAGCAAUGUGGUGUCCUACUGGUCGUCUGGUACUGGAGGGGCCGGGAUCCUAGGGGCCCUCUCCUAUUUGGGUCUCACAGAGGUUGGCCUCUCCCCUCGGAACUCUCUGCUGGUUAUGCUCACUAUCCCCGUCCUGCUCUUAAUAAGUUAUUUCUUCCUCCUGCUCCAUCCUCCCUCUCUGCCUCGUUGGACCCGCCCCACAAGCCCCAGCAGACCCCGGGCACCAGACCACCAGCCUCUUAUAGCAGGACAGUCACAUGACACUACAGGUGGAGUCUUCAUUCUGGGACUCUCAGAGAAGUGGAACAUUAUUAAGUCUCUGCUGAGAUACAUGAUCCCCCUCUCCAUCGUCUACUUCGCUGAGUAUUUCAUUAACCAGGGCUUGUUUGAGUUGAUCUAUUUUCCGGACAUCUCAAUGAGCCACUCGGAGCAGUACCGCUGGUACCAGAUGCUGUACCAGGCUGGGGUGUUUGUAUCCCGAUCCUCCCUGCGCUGCGUCACAAUCAGGAGAAUCUGGAUCCUCUCGCUGUUGCAGUUGUGCAAUGCCAUCUUCCUCCUGGUGGGGGUCUCGUAUCUCUUCCUUCCCAGUCUGGGGUUGCCGGUUAUUUUCCUCAUUAUCUUAUUUGAGGGUCUCCUUGGGGGAGCAGCGUAUGUGAACACCUUCAAUAACAUCUCACUGGAGAGUAAAGCAGAACAUAAAGAGUUCUCACUGACGGCUGCCUGUGUCUCUGACACACUGGGAAUUUCUAUCUCCGGAGCCAUCGCUAUUCCUGUUCAUAACUACUUCUGUGGCCUCCGCUGACUCCGCCUCCCCUGUGGAUUGUGAGGGGUCCAUAAUCUGGCCAAUCAAGGGAGCAAUGUUCAGCCUCAGCCGGACCCCGUAGAACUGAUGAUUAUUUCCCAGAAGGCUUUGCUUGUAUAGUGUUUGACUAAUGCCGCUGCUGUAUUGGGAUGUCUUAUUAAUGUUUACAACUUCCAAUGUAAAUACACUUGAUUUUUUUGACUACA